CAUAAUUUCGUUGUAAAAAUGGUUCGUGUCUACAAGAGAAAAAAGGCUAAACCACCACCUACUGAUGCUGAGAUAGUUUCUGCAUUACUUUUGAUUAAAACUAGUGGUAAAUCAUUAAGAGAAGUUGCUUUAACAAGUGGUAUACCAAAAAGCACACUGUUUGCUUAUUCGAAACGGUUUCCAGACUUUUCAAACCUACCACCUGAUACCAAAAUUAAACCAACAUUUCACCAUCUGCAAGUGCUGAAACCAGAACACGAGCAAGACUUGACUGAUUACUUGAUUGUAUCACAACUAAGAAGCCAUGGCUUGACCCCAAAAAAACUGAAACUUCUCGUGUACUCUUAUGCUGUUUUUAAUGGUAUCCCGGUCCCUCCAACUUGGCUGCAUAAGAAAACAGCUGGAAAAGAUUGGUUUAGUAGUUUUCUAAAACGAAACAAGAGGCUAUCAAUUCGUAAACCUGAAGCAACAAGCCAGGCUAGGGCAGCUGCUUUAAACAAAGUUGUAAUGAGCAACUUUUACGACCAGGUGGAUGAGCUAUAUGAAAAACACAAGUUUGAUGCAGAUUCCGUUUUCAAUACAGAUGAGACUAAUAACACAACUGUAGUUGAACCAGCAAAAAUUAUUGCACAAAAAGGCACUCACCAGGUUUAUCAAAUGACUUCUCAAGAAAGAGGUGUAAACGUGACAAUGUUGCCCUUCGUAAAUGCUUCUGGAAAGUUAUUCGGUGGUGUUUUUGUAUUCCCACGUAAGAAAGUGAGUGAGAAAAUGAAAAACUUACCAGAAGGCUUUAUUGCAUUAGCCCACUCUUCAGGAUGGAUGACAGAGGAAAACUUUUUGAUCGCUCUGAAACAUUUUCAUUCCCAAGUUCAAAGUAGGCCUACUAAAGAAAAGCCUAUAUUGUUGUUCCUCGAUAACCACAUCAGCCAUAUGGGUUAUUCCAUUUGUAUUUUCGCCAAAGAAAAUGGCAUAAUUCUUCAAACAUUGCCCCCUCACACUUCUCAUGCUUCACAGCCAUUGGACAGAACUACCUUUGGUCCAUUUAAGUCCAAUCUUGCAGAUAGUCACUCGGGUUGGAUGAGGGAACAUCCAGGUCAACGCAUUUCAAUUUAUGAAAUCCCUCUUCUUUCAAAACCUGCUCUGCAACGUGCAUUUACUGAGAAAAAUAUCAAGAAAGGGUUCAAGGCAACAGGCUUAUUCCCUUUUAAUCGUAAUGCCAUUCCUGACAGCAUGUAUGCUCCUUCUAUCGUAACUGAUUUGCCAGCGCCAACUGAGGUUAAUUCUCGUCAAAAUGGUUUAACUAUCUGUAAUGCUAUCCAGCAUCUUCCCAUCUCAGUAAACCAAACAUUGCGAUUUGAGAUGCCAUCUUCUAUAGCUGCCCAGCAUACCACAGUGGCAACCCAAGAACCUCCAAAGAGUAAUUAUUUAUUGACAGUUUCAUCAGCUGGACAGUUGACGUUGAGUCCAAUCAGCGUUUCCCCUGUUGCUCAGCUACAAGCAGGUCCUUCUUCUGAAAUUAGGUCAUCUAGUUCUACGCCAAUUAUUCAGACGGAACAUGAAAGAACAACGCCAACUGGGUCACCCUCAACAAUUAAUGAUAUGGCUUCUCCUACUGCAAGUUUGACUAACCAGCUCAGCCCCCAACAGCUGCUAACUACUCCAGUAAAAUUUCGCGAGCCUCACUCUUUUCGUCCACACGAUUUUCUGCAAUUGCCACAAGUAACACAAAAUGGCCCAAGAAAUUCCAAUCAUAAUAAACGACUUGGGGCAUCACGAUGUUUGACCAGCUCUCCAGAAAUAAAACAAAUUCGAGAGGAACAUGAAGAAAAGGAGCGGAAGCUAAAAGCAGCAGAGAAUCGGAAGAUAGCCAAAGCAACAAAAGCAAAAGCAGCUGAAGGAAAAAGGAAAUCAAACAAAGUACACAGUGUGGAAGAGGUAAUCAAAAUUUUUGUUUGUUAUAUUUUUUAAACCAAUGAUGCACUUCUUUGUUAACUGAAUUAAUUAUAUAAUUUUCAGGAUCAAUAGGGGAGAGUGGGGCUAGUUGGCAGGAGGGCAAGUUUGCAAUUCCUAAU